ACAGUAUACAUAUAAUUUCGUAAAAAGAACGCCGCCAUUUUGACGUUUGUUAAGCUUUGUGUUCUACUGUAAUAAUUAACAUCGAAUUACGCAAAUUGUUUCGUUUACGAUUGCGUUUCCGUCAUAAAAUUAUUUCUCCGGUUAGAUAAGUGUAUAAAUUCAUACGCAUCGGUAAUCCUAAUUUCCAUUUCCCAGCGCAUAAAUCAAUACUUAGCCAGUGCCGCUUUUUUUUAUUUUUGCGAUAGUUUUAAUUCGAUAAUCAAGUGUUUGUACUGACUUUUAAUCGGAUAAGUGUUAUUUUUUUCUUAAAUUCACUUGUUUUAUAACAGUGUACAGUGAAAAAACUUAUUUGUGUAAAGUGAAAGAAAAAGGCGCCAACCCUGUCGCCAAAUUUUGGCACGAAAUAAAUUUCGAUAAGCUAGCGCAAUGUAUAAAUAUUUACGUUUAUUUGGCUUUAAUGUUUUAAUUAAGACUUUCUAACGCUGCAGUGAUUGUAAAAUCUCAUUAGAAUUGCAAUGCGGUUAAGAAGUAAAAAGCGGGAGCGACGGCUCUCAAAAAGAAUAUCACAGAAAGUGUUGAAAAUCAAAGAGAAAACCCAGAUUUUGGUUAAAAAAACCAAUUGGAAGAAAACUUUAAAGGAUGAUAUAUUAUCAUCUGAUCUACAUUGUACAAGAUCACGUAAAACAUUAGGGCUACGUAAGUCAAUCGUCAAAAUGGAAAAAGUUAAAAAGGAUGAAAUUAAAAAGCCAAUUUUCCAAACUGUUGUUCGGAACCCAGUGAAAGAAACAGUUACAUCUUCCACAUCUGUCAAAGUUAAGGAAAAACCGGCAAAACCAAAGUUGAAAGAUGUAAGGAUGACAAGAAGCGUUCAGCUCAGGCAGAGCUCAUUAAACCGCGAGCGUAAGCCAGAAUCUAUAUCCUCAGCCUUAAGCUCACCCCGUAAAACAAGACGUAUGGACAAAACAGAGAAGUCAGCUUCAUUAAACAGCUCACCUAUCCGCAAAGUCAGACAAAUGGGAACACCAGCGCCCCGUCUAAACAAAAUAGUAAUUUCAUCCACAAAUGAAAGCCCCAAGAAGAAGGUGAAACCAGACCCAGAACCAAGUUUGGAGGACAAUGAUAUCACUAUGUAUGAACCUCACACAACAACUUCCGAUUUAAAAACUGACGAGUCAGAUUCUGAAACACAAGUUGAGUCAUCGGAACUUUGCCUUCCCAGUGAUUGUUUGAACGAUUUUAUGACUUUAGAGUGUGUGUUGAAUGAAGAUAUCUCCACGGAUCAUGAUAUCAAUUUAUUGGCUGAUAGAGCAGCUCGAAUUAUGACUACAGAAAAAAUUGAGAAACUGCACACGCCAAAUGAUCUUGAAAUGUAUCAGCCGACAUCGACAACUGACGAUUUAGAUGCAUGCACAGACUUUCUGAGUACUGAUGGAAAAUAUAUUCAGAGUUGCCUGGAAGAGAUCGCUUGGCCUCCUGUUGCCUUAACCUAUCCGGACUUCGUGACAAUGUUGGAGCAAGGGUCCUACAUCCGGGACUCGGAGUGUGAGAUUUCGUCCACCUGCGAACAGGGCGCAAUUGAGAGUCUCGAAGCCCUAUCAGCUAGGAACCCUAACACGCACUUUUUGGCUGAAAUAAGCCAAAGUUUGGUCACCGAGGCCAAUGGAUGGAGCGCAGACAUUGUCUCUGAUGAGAACUCCUUGACGUGUCAUGAUGAAGUACCACCAGACAUAGAGGAUGAAAGAGAUGUUAUAUCUUCGUGCAGCACAAGAGUGGAUUGCGAGCAAAUGCCAUCAUGGGCUGAGGCGUUCGACCCGUAUUUGUAUAUUAAGCAGCUGCCUCCCUUAGAAACUGUAGCAACGGGGGCCCUUCGAGCCAGAUAUCCAGCUUUACCCCUCAAAACCAGAACCAGUCCAGAUUUUAGCCUGGUCUUGGACUUGGAUGAGACAUUGGUGCAUUGUUCACUUCAAGAGCUUCCUGAUGCGAGCUUCCACUUCCCAGUUCUGUUCCAAGAUUGUCGAUACACGGUUUUCGUAAGGACGCGACCCCAUUUCGCCCAAUUUCUGUCUCGCGUUUCGAGGUUGUAUGAAGUAAUACUGUUCACCGCCAGCAAGAGGGUGUAUGCUGAUAGAUUGCUGAAUUUGUUGGAUCCGCAACGACGAUGGAUUAAAUAUAGAUUGUUCCGCGAGCAUUGUCUUCUCGUCAACGGGAAUUACGUGAAGGAUCUAUCGAUCUUAGGAAGAGAUCUGCGCAAGACUGUCAUCGUUGAUAAUAGUCCACAGGCGUUCGGCUACCAAUUGGAGAAUGGUAUCCCCAUAGACAGCUGGUUCGCGGACAAGAGCGACAAUGAAUUACUCAAGCUGAUACCAUUUUUGGAACAUCUUGCUACUAAAGAUGACGUCCGACCAUACAUACGCGACAAAUAUAAGCUGUUCAGUUAUCUACCACCCGACUAAGUAUACAUAUAUACAUGUAUACAUACACACUUAUAUAUAGAGUUAACAAAGACACUCUUACAUUUUAACUAUUUUUUAUCAUAUCUAAACACUAUACUCCACGUAAAUGUUAUUUAAGUAACGUUUAUAGUAUGAUUAAGGUUAAAUAUACAUUUUGUAUAAUUAAAAUCAGGCGAUGAGAACUUGGAG